AUGAGUCUAUGCGCCCCUGUGGCCGUUGGGCAGGGGGGGAGGGGGGAGGGGGGGGGUUGGGAAAGUGAUAAGAUUGAGGUGGGUGCGAUGGGAACAGGUGUGGUGGGAAGAGGUGCGGUGGGAACAGGUGCGAUGGGAAUAGGUGCGAUGGGAACAGGUGCGAUGGGAACAGGUGCGAUGCGAACAGGUGCGAUGCGAACAGGUGCGAUGGGAACAGGUGCGAUGGGAACAGGUGCGAUGGGAAUCAGGUGCGAUGGGAACAGGGCGAUGGGAACAGGUGCUAUGGGAACAGGUGCGAUGGGAACAGGUGCGAUGGGAACAGGUGCGAUGGAACAGGUGCGAUGGAACAGGUGCGAUGGAACAGGUGCGAUGGCGAAACAGGUUGCGAUGGGAACAGGUGCGAUGGGAACAGGUGACGAUGGGAACAGGUGCGAGGGACCCGGUGCGAUGGGAACAGGUGCGAUGGGAACAGGUGCGAUGGGAACAGGUGCGAUGGGAACAGGUGCGAUGGGAACAGGUGCGAUGGGAACAGGUGCGAUGGGAACAGGUGCGAUGGGAACAGGUGCGAUGGGAACAGGUGCGAUGGGAACAGGUGCGAUGGGAACAGGUGCGAUGGGAACAGGUGCGAUGGGAACAGGUGCGAUGGGAACAGGUGCGAUGGGAACAGGUGCGAUGGGAACAGGUGCGAUGGGAACAGGUGCGAUGGGAACAGGUGCGAUGGGAACAGGUGCGAUGGGAACAGGUGCGAUGGGAACAGGUGCGAUGGGAACAGGUGCGAUGGGAACAGGUGCGAUGGAACAGGUGCGAUGGGAACAGGUGCGAUGGGAACAGGUGCGAUGGGAACAGGUGCGAUGGGAACAGGUGCGAUGGGAACAGGUGCGAUGGGAACAGGUGCGAUGGGAACAGGUGCGAUGGGAACAGGUGCGAUGGGAACAGGUGCGAUGGGAACAGGUGCGAUGGGAACAGGUGCGAUGGGAACAGGUGCGAUGGGAACAGGUGCGAUGGGAACAGGUGCGAUGGGAACAGGUGCGAUGGGAACAGGUGCGAUGGGAACAGGUGCGAUGGGAACAGGUGCGAUGGGAACAGGUGCGAUGGGAACAGGUGCGAUGGGAACAGGUGCGAUGGGAACAGGUGCGAUGGGAACAGGUGCGAUGGGAACAGGUGCGAUGGGAACAGGUGCGAUGGGAACAGGUGCGAUGGGAACAGGUGCGAUGGGAACAGGUGCGAUGGGAACAGGUGCGAUGGGAACAGGUGCGAUGGGAACAGGUGCGAUGGGAACAGGUGCGAUGGGAACAGGUGCGAUGGGAACAGGUGCGAUGGGAACAGGUGCGAUGGGAACAGGUGCGAUGGGAACAGGUGCGAUGGGAACAGGUGCGAUGGGAACAGGUGCGAUGGGAACAGGUGCGAUGGGAACAGGUGCGAUGGGAACAGGUGCGAUGGGAACAGGUGCGAUGGGAACAGGUGCGAUGGGAACAGGUGCGAUGGGAACAGGUGCGAUGGGAACAGGUGCGAUGGGAACAGGUGCGAUGGGAACAGGUGCGAUGGGAACAGGUGCGAUGGGAACAGGUGCGAUGGGAACAGGUGCGAUGGGAACAGGUGCGAUGGGAACAGGUGCGAUGGGAACAGGUGCGAUGGGAACAGGUGCGAUGGGAACAGGUGCGAUGGGAACAGGUGCGAUGGGAACAGGUGCGAUGGGAACAGGUGCGAUGGGAACAGGUGCGAUGGGAACAGGUGCGAUGGGAACAGGUGCGAUGGGAACAGGUGCGAUGGGAACAGGUGCGAUGGGAACAGGUGCGAUGGGAACAGGUGCGAUGGGAACAGGUGCGAUGGGAACAGGUGCGAUGGGAACAGGUGCGAUGGGAACAGGUGCGAUGGGAACAGGUGCGAUGGGAACAGGUGCGAUGGGAACAGGUGCGAUGGGAACAGGUGCGAUGGGAACAGGUGCGAUGGGAACAGGUGCGAUGGGAACAGGUGCGAUGGGAACAGGUGCGAUGGGAACAGGUGCGAUGGGAACAGGUGCGAUGGGAACAGGUGCGAUGGGAACAGGUGCGAUGGGAACAGGUGCGAUGGGAACAGGUGCGAUGGGAACAGGUGCGAUGGGAACAGGUGCGAUGGGAACAGGUGCGAUGGGAACAGGUGCGAUGGGAACAGGUGCGAUGGGAACAGGUGCGAUGGGAACAGGUGCGAUGGGAACAGGUGCGAUGGGAACAGGUGCGAUGGGAACAGGUGCGAUGGGAACAGGUGCGAUGGGAACAGGUGCGAUGGGAACAGGUGCGAUGGGAACAGGUGCGAUGGGAACAGGUGCGAUGGGAACAGGUGCGAUGGGAACAGGUGCGAUGGGAACAGGUGCGAUGGGAACAGGUGCGAUGGGAACAGGUGCGAUGGGAACAGGUGUGA